AUGAAGCAGCUUACUUUUAUCCACAAGAAAUGUACAGCCACACAGUCCAAUACAGCAACACAGUCCAAUACAGCCACACAGUCUAGUACAGUCACACAGUCUAGUACAGCAACACAGUCCAAUACAGCCACACAGUCUAGUACAGUCACACAGUCUAGUACAGCAACACAGUCCAAUACAGCCACACAGUCUAGUACAGUCACACAGUCUAGUACAGUCACACAUUCCAAUACAGCCACACAGUCUAGUACAGUCACACAGUCUAGUACAGUCACACAUUCCAAUACAGCCACACAGUCUAGUACAGUCACACAGUCUAGUACAGCAACACAGUCCAAUACAGCCACACAGUCUAGUACAGUCACACAGUCUAGUACAGUCAAACAGUCCAAUACAGCCGCACAGUCCAGUACAGCAACACAGUCCAAUACAGCCGCACAGUCCAGUACAGUCACACAGUCCAAUACAGCCACACAGUCUAGUACAGUCACACAGUCUAGUACAGUCAAACAGUCCAAUACAGCCGCACAGUCCAGUACAGCAACACAGUCCAAUACAGCCGCACAGUCCACGACACAGUCUAGUACAGCCACACAGUUCAGUUCAGUCACACAAUCUAGUACAGUCACACAGUUCAGUACAGUUACCCAGUCCAGUACAGUCACUCAGUCCAAUACAGUCACUCAGUCCAAUACAGUCACUCAGUCCAGUACAGUCCUUCAGUCCAAAACAGUCACUCAGUUCAAUACAGUCACUCUAUCCAGUACAGUCACUCAGUCCAGUAUAGUCACUCAGUCCAGUACAGUCACUCAGCCCAUUAGAGUCACUCAGUCCAGUAGAGUCACUCAGUCCAAUACAGCCACACAGUCUAGUACAGUCACACAGGCCAAUACAGUCACACAGUCCAAUACAGCCGCACAUUCCAAUACAGCCACACAGUCCAAUACAGCCACACAGUCUAGUACAGUCACACAGUCUAGUACAGUCACACAUUCCAAUACAGUCACACAGUCCAGUACAGUCACACAGUCUAGUACAGCCACACAUUCCAAUACAGUCACACAGUCUAGUACAGCCACACAGUCCAGUACAGCCACACAGUCCAAUACAGCCACACAGUCUAGUACAGCCACACAGUCCAAUACAGCCACACAAUCCAAUACAGCCACACAGUCCAGUACAGCCACACAGUCCAGUACAGCCACACAAUCUAGUACAGCCACACAGUCCAAUACAGCCACAAAGUCUAGUGCAGUCACACAGGCCAAUAGAGUCACUCAGUCCAAUACAGCCACACAGUCCAGUAUAGUCACGCAGUCUAGUACAGCCACACAGUCCAGUACAGCCACACAGUCUAGUACAGCCAUACAGUCCAAUACAGCCACACAAUUCAGUACAGCCAGACAGUCCAAUACAGCCACACAGUCUAGUACAGCCGCACAGUCCAGUACAGCAACACAGUCCAAUACAGUCACACAGUCCAGUACAGCCACACAGUCUAGUACAGCCACACAGUCCAAUACAGCCACACAAUUCAGUACAGCCAGACAGUCCAAUACAGCCACACAGUCUAGUAUAGCCACACAGUCCAAUACAGCCGCACAUUCCAAUACAGUCACUCAGUCCAAUACAGCAACACAGUCCAAUACAGCCACACAGUCUAGUACAGUCACACAGUCUAGUACAGCCACACAUUCCAAUACAGUCACACAGUCUAGUACAGCCACACUGUCCAGUACAGCCACACAGUCCAAUACAGCCACACAGUCCAGUACACCCACACAGUCCAGUACAGCCACACAAUCUAGUACAGCCACACAGUCCAAUACAACCACAAAGUCUAGUGCAGUCACACAGGCCAAUACAGUCACUCAGUCCAAUACAGCCACACAGUCCAGUACAGCCACACAGUCUAGUACAGCCAUACAGUCCAAUACAGCCACACAAUUCAGUACAGCCAGACAGUCCAAUACAGCCACACAGUCUAGUACAGCCGCACAGUCCAGUACAGCAACACAGUCCAAUACAGCCACACAGUCUAGUACAGCCAAACAGUCCAAUACAGCCACACAGUCUAGUACAGUCAAACAGUCCAAUACAGCCGCACAGUCCAGUACAGCAACACAGUCCAAUACAGCCGCACAGUCCAGUACAGCAACACAGUCCAAUACAGCCACACAGUCUAGGACAGUCACACAGUCCAAUAUAGUCACUCAGUCCAAUACAGCCACACAGUCCAAUACAGCGACACAGUCUAGUACAGCCACACAGUUCAGUUCAGUCACGCAGUCUAGUACAGUCACCCAGUUCAGUACAGUUACCCAGUCCAGUACAGCCACACAGUCCAAUACAGUCACUCAGUCCAAUACAGCCACACAGUCCAGUAGUCACACAGUCCAAUACAGCCACACAGUCUAG